AUGGAAGUCAGCGAACCAGAAAGCGCCGUGGCUGUUGGGGCAGUUCUUCGGGCAUUGGACAAAGAGAACGGGCCACAGAGGAUCACAAAGUCAUCGUACGGUUUCCUAAGGACUGAACCAUAUGAACCGCUCAUGUGGGAGGCACACGCAGAAACAAAGCCUACAAUAGACCAAAAUGAUGGCGAGAAGUAUGUGAAGACAAUAUACUGGCUUAUUUGCAAGGAUGAACCGGUUCCAUUCCAUACAGAGCAUUCGAUUAUAGUUAUUCACACUAUUCCGACAAAUCGGAAACAACUACUCUGCGAGGAGCUCUUGUACGUCUCUGAUACUAGCACAGAAUCGCACUAUCGCAGGGAUCAUGCCAAAAACAAAGGAUGUGAGAUAGCAGGGAGAAUCGUGGCAGAUAUGUCAUUCCUGCGGGACAAAAACAUCAUAAAACCCAUUGAACGGGGUCGCACCUGGAAGCGUCAUUACAGAAUUGAAUAUCAGCUUGUUAUGAUUGUUGACGGAAGGAAUCUUAGAUAUGAAGCUAGAUGGCCAGUAGGAGGCACGGUUCGAGGCAGAGGGCAAACCAGCAUUGCAGCGGCUUUCAAGCCUGGGACGAAAUAA